GCUUCAACAUUGUGCUUCAAGUAAAUAUUGUUGAACAUUAUGAGUUUGAAAUUUAGAAGUGUUUAAUUUUUCCUAACAAAUGGAUAAAAAUGUAAAUUACAACAUGAAAAUGAAUAGUAAAAAGUGUUUAAAAAUACAAAACGAACUAGUUGACAAUCUUAAUGUUGCGUUUAACUUAAAAAAUACUGUGAUAGUGCUCUGGAAUAAAUAUCAAAUACUUUUGCUGGAUGCUGAAGAAUUAGAUAGGCCUAUAACCCUACAAAACUUCCAUAUAGUUUCGCAAAAUACUGACUUCGAAAUUCAACAGCUUAUAGUAGCUAAAAAUUUACUCUGCAUAGACAAUGAAGGGAAUUUAUUUGCUUAUUCCCUUAACAUCAAGCCAACUGCAGCUGCCCACAAAAGAUCGAGACACAAUUUCCAAGAGUUAGAACAUAAUAUUUUACGCGUGGAAUGGUAUGAGGACUUAUUAUUCAGCUUACAAUUAGAAAUGGGCAAGCUGUAUUUAAGAAUUGAUGAGAUAAAACCAAAUGAUAAUGUUUUCUUAACAUUAAAAUCAAUUAGCAAAAAUAACAUUGUAAACAUAAAUGUACUACAUUUACCAAGUGUGAAAAAAAUGGACAAAUGUAUUCUGUAUUGUUAUAGAUUGAACGAAUCUGAUUUUGACAAUAUUAAACACAUUUUCAAAGAAAAGAAAAGAUUAUCACAGCCUCAGUUCAUCAUUAUUAUAAGCUUUGAUAAACUAACAUUGUAUGCUGUCUUAGUAGAUUUAGAAUCAAAUGGAAAAACAUUGGCCCCUGUUAAAAUUCUAACUUGCCCAUCUGAUAUAUACAGUGUAACUGCUAUGAAAGAAAAUGUUCUGAAUUUGAUAAUAAGCCUUACAAGUGGUACUGUAAUUAAACAGCCUAUGAAUAUUAAUUUUAACACUCCAAAUAUUGCCCACUUAAAUACUGCCAUACACAAAUUGAUAUUACUGAAUGAUGAAAUUAUAUAUUCUGAUGGCAUAACUAUGUGGGUAUCCACAAAUACAUUUUCAGAGUCUGACGCUAAAUUGAGACAACUAUUUGCAAGAUGCAUAAAAGAUUUCACAUACACUGAUGGCACAGGGAAGAUGGUUUGUACAACAUAUUCUAAACUUCUCUAUACAUUCCACAUCAAAGAUGAGUCCUGUUAUUUAUUUCCUAUCACUGCUAGUGAUUAUUACUCUGCAGAGCAUCUGUUUAACAAUAUGACCUAUUUGCACAGAAUAAUGGAAGAAGUUGAAAAAAAUGAUGGAUUUAUUAAGGAUAUAAAGAAAGAAGAAAACUACAUCACAACAUUAGCUUUGGCAAAUAGACAAGACAUCAUGAAUGAAAUAAUCAAAACUGGUGUCCAAGUAUAUGAAAAUUAUGAGGAUAUUCUUAAAGAAGGUUUGAUACUGAAUUUAACAAAUAACCUUAGUGAGUACUUUGAUAGACAUUCAUUGUAUUUUCUUAUCAGAAUGGCUGCGGACACACAGAACAAUCAUGAUGUUUUAGAAAAUAUUUUUACAGACUCAAAAAUUUAUGUAGCUAUUUUAUCAGAGCACAAAAACAUCAAAACCAUCUGUAUCAAAGUGUAUUGUGAUCAAUUACAGACUUUCAACAUUGCUGUUCCUUUAAGGAUGGCAAAAUUGAAUAUAACAGACUUAUGUUUUGAUAUAAAAAUAGUAAAGAAGAUACCUAAGGUGUUAAAUAGCAGACAGAAUCUAUGGACAGCUUUGUAUAGUAAACAAGUCACUCUAACUGCUGAGCAUUUCAUCAAAACAAAUUUUACUUCAGGUACUGUACGGUUGCUAAAAGAACCUGAGGAUUCUAUACAGCAGUUACUUUAUAAAAUUUGUUACAAGCAAUAUGGGCAUUUAUUUAGAAUUACCAAAGUAUCAGAAGAUUUUUUGCAAUGGUCAUUUUACAUCAAACUACAAAAUACAUUUAAAGAGGUAUUGCAAAAUGAAAUGUUUUAUAAAGCACACUUUAAUGCUACAAAAGCGAAAUUUCUGCUGAAAGAAAUAUCAUCAGAGGAGUUCUUGAAUUCAAGAAAACACAUUUCCUUAAUGGUAGCCAAUGAAAAACUUGACAUAGAAAUUUUAAAUGAUGGGUUCUCCAAUCUAUUGAGUAGAAGUAUGAUUAAAGUGUCCUGUGCGAAUCCUCUGAUUUCUUUAUGCUUAAGAAAUUUCUUUUCAAACUUAGUAAACAAUAACUUCUCAAGACAUAAUCCUGGACAAGAGUAUUUUAACUUAUUUAAGGAAAUAUCAACACUUGAGCAAAUAGAGAAAGGACUAAAGAAAUGUGUUGAAGAGAGGUUGCCUUUUAAAGAUUUUUUCAAACUCUAUGAACAAUUCCAAAAAAGUCUAUGUGAAACGUUAGUAUAAUAAACAGCGUAGUACAACCUGGCUGAUAAAAGUGUUCUAUCAGCCAGGUUUUGUAGUAAUU